CACACACACACACACACACACACACACACACACACACACACACAUCUGAAACCACCCCGUGCACACAGCGCUUAACUCUUUAGAACAUUACCGACCAUCUGAAAUCACUAGAACAUUCCGACGGCCAGGCCUGAUUGGUCCAUUCUACUCCGACUCCGAGCCCAUCAACCUGAGGAGAGGCUGCAGCAUGGCGACGGCUAAGAUGUCCAUGGCGAUAACGGAACAUGGCGAUGAGGACGCAGAGGACCGCAGGCCACUAGUGCGCCACUACCAGGCCCAGGAGCUGAUACCGCCCCGCCGCCCAGUCCUGCACAACCUACUGGACAAGCAGCUCUCCGCAUGGGCAUCAGUGCAGGCGGUGAGUGGGGUGCUGAGCUUUGGGCUGGGUCUGGUGUUUGCCUCUACGGUUGAGUUCAGCUCCUCUCUGAUCAUCCUCUUCAGAAUCCCCUUCCUGAACGGAGCAAUGUUCUUCAUCGCAGGACUGCUGUCCAACCUCCUCCACAGAGAACCCAGACUGCUGCCGGUGAGUUUAACAACAGUCACCGAUGAGUCAUAUUCACUCAUUGGUCUGUUUCCGUGCCAACCUGGCAUGUAUGGCCUGUGCUGUCGUUGGCACGGUGAUCAUGUGUGUAGAUCUGGCUCUGGUCAUGGAGAAGCAAGCACACACAAAGACGGAGGUCCUGGUGCUGUGUGUGACGCUGGUCCAGAUGAUCUUGUCAGCUCUACUCACCUUCUGGAUCCACAAGGAGCAGCGGCGUCUGAAACCUAGAGCUUAACACACACAACACACACACACAUAUCAAACACACACACAUCAAACACACACACACACACACACACACACACACACACACACACACACACACACACACACACACACACACACGCACACGCACGGAUGUUUUUUUCCCCUGUCUUUAUCUACAUAGCCUGUCCUGUGUGGUUGUUUGUGGUUGUGUCUUGUUUUUGCUCUGUGUUCUGUGUGCUUGGUGUGUGUGUGUGCUUGUGUAAUUAAUAUUUCAGUGCUGACUUGGCAUCUUUGACCAACUCAAAUCAGUGGUUAUUUACAUCAGUUACAGAAAUGUAAAGUAAUGUGCACUGUCCUUAUAAAUAAAAUAAAUGAAAUGAAAACACGCACACACACACACACACACACACACACACACACACACUGGCUUUCUCUCACCCUCUCUCAUACACAUAGACACACACACACACACACACACACACACACACACACACACACACACACACACACACACACACACACACACACACACACAUUCUCUCUCUCAUACAUGUAUAGCUGAGAUCUGUCUAAUGAUUUUGAAUGUAUAUAUGUAAACUUCUGCCUCCUGUGUAUCUAACAAGCACACACACACACACACACACACACACACACACACACCCACCUUCCUCUGUGUUCGCUUUAAAGA